CCUUCUCUUCCGUAACAUCCGGCGUCUCUAGAAGCUUCUCGGCGGCACCAGGCUGCACAAGAACCCCAAUCUGAGUCCAUCUGAGCCCGAACCGAGGUGCUCCAGCUCCGGGACUCCUCUCCGUCCCUUCUCCAAACAUCUUUAAAAAAGAUCAUCCAUCUAUUAUUAAAUAAAAACCGAUGCCCGAAGCGAUGUCUGCACCGACUACUCCGUUCCGAGGCCGCAACAAAGGAGGGGCGUAUGUGGACCGGGACAAGCCGGCCCAAAUCCGCUUCAGUAACAUCUCUGCUGCUAAAGCUGUUGCAGAUGCCAUCAGAACCAGCCUGGGCCCCAAAGGCAUGGAUAAGAUGAUCCAGGAUGAGAAAGGUGACGUGACCAUUACCAACGACGGAGCCACCAUCCUGAAACAGAUGCAGGUGCUCCACCCCGCUGCUAAAAUGCUGGUUGAACUGUCCAAAGCUCAGGACAUCGAGGCCGGUGACGGCACCACCUCUGUGGUCGUGAUCGCAGGAGCGCUGCUGGACGCCUGCUCCAAGCUGCUGCAGAAAGGUAUUCAUCCCACCACCAUCUCGGAGUCCUUCCAGAAGGCGGUGGAGAAAGGCGUGGAGGUUCUGACUGGCAUGAGCCGGCCGGUGCAGCUGAGCGACCGCGAGACGCUGCUCAACAGCGCCACCACGUCGCUGUGCUCCAAGGUGGUGUCGCAGUACUCCAGUCUGCUCGCCCCCAUGAGCGUCGACGCCGUCAUGAGGGUCAUCGACCCGGCAACCGCCACCGGGGUCGACCUGCAGGACAUAAGGAUUAUCAAGAAGCUCGGAGGGACCAUUGAUGACUGUGAGCUGAUUGACGGUCUGGUUCUGACCCAGAAGGUUGCCAACAGCGUGACCCGCGUGGAGAAGGCCAAGAUCGGCCUGAUCCAGUUCUGCCUGUCCCCUCCCAAGACUGAUAUGGACAACCAGAUCGUGGUUUCGGACUACGCUCAGAUGGACCGCGUGCUGAGGGAGGAGCGCGCUUACAUCCUCAACAUGGUCAAACAGAUCAAGAAGGCCGGCUGCAACGUGCUGCUCAUCCAAAAGUCCAUCCUCAGAGACGCUCUGAGCGACCUCGCCCUGCACUUCCUGAACAAAAUGAAGAUCAUGGUGGUGAAAGAAAUCGAGAGAGAAGACAUCGAGUUCGUCUGCAAGACUAUUGGCACCAAGCCCAUCGCUCACAUCGACCACUUCACCGCAGAGAUGCUCGGCACGGCGGAGCUCGCUGAGGAAGUCAGUCUGGACGGCUCCGGCAAGCUGAUCAAGAUCACAGGAUGCGCCAGUCCAGGGAAGACGGUGAGCCUGGUGGUGAGAGGAUCCAACAAGCUGGUGAUUGAGGAGGCCGAGCGCUCCAUCCACGACGCUCUGUGUGUCAUCCGCUGCCUGGUCAAGAAGAGGGCUCUGAUCGCCGGCGGCGGCGCUCCAGAGAUUGAGCUGGCCGUGCGUCUGGCUGAGUAUUCUCGUGCCCUCGGCGGCAUGGAGGCGUACUGCGUGCGGGCGUACGCCGACGCCCUGGAGGUCAUCCCCUCCACGCUAGCCGAGAACGCCGGUCUGAACCCCAUCUCCACGGUGACGGAGCUCCGCAACAGACACGCCCAGGGAGACAAGAUGGCCGGCAUCAACGUCCGCAAGGGCGGGAUCUCCAACAUCCUGGAGGAACUGGUGGUUCAGCCUCUACUGGUUUCCAUCAGCGCUCUGACCCUGGCCACAGAGACGGUCCGCAGCAUCCUCAAGAUCGACGACGUGGUGAACACGCGAUAAACGGUAUUGAGUUGGUCCGUCGGGGUUCUGUCACUAAGCCUGUUCGUACCGUGAGGACUCUGUCAGCGUCACACUGUUCAGAUUUCCGCUGUAGUUGUUACGUUGCGUAAUUUAAUAAAAAGUUAAGGCUUGUUCCUUUUUUUUUUGUUCACA